ACUAAAUUAAGAAAUCAGUUACAAGGAGCUGGCCAGGAGGUCAUAGAGUGGUGUAAAUGAAUAAUAGCUACCAUUGUUGAACUGUGCUGCAUGAGCAGUGGGCUGGAUCAUAUGAUAUAUGUAGAUCUAUUUGUUACCGUAGCUCUAGCGCUCGUAAAAAUGGACAGAAAUGUAGUUCAAACAAAUCAGUAUAAAUUUAAAUGGAGAGCUCGACACACAACUGCAGUAGUAGGAGAGGUCCUGUACUGCUGGGGAGGGGAUAAGGAAGGCUUAGAUGAGUCCCACAAUUCUUCUACAAAAACACAGUGUACUUCUGCUAUUGAUGCAUUUAACUUAUUAUCUGGUGUUUGGUCCUCUCGACCUACUAGAGGUACUUCUCCAUUGGGAAUCAGAGGAGUCUCCUGUACCACCAUUGAUAAUAAUAUUUAUUAUUUUGGUGGCUAUUGUGGCCAUGACAGUUGCUUCCAUAACAGUUUGAACUGUUUAGACACUUUAACUCUUCAAUGGAAAGAAUUACAACCAACCGAUGACAAUUCUGUAAAUAAAAGAGCCUAUGGUGGUAUAAUAGCAAUGGGAAGUGAAGGUGAACCUCAACAAUUACUGGUUAUUGGCGGAAUAGCUCCUAUAUCAACUACUACACACUAUCAUUCUGAAUUUAAAUACAGGAAGAUACCUGACAUGGAUGAACGUGUUAGAAUUAAUGAACAGAAUAUGUACAACCUGUCCAGUGGUCAAUGGAUUGUUCCAUCUGUCAGUGGACAGUGUUGUCCACCAACUGAUAGUUUUAUAAUUGAAAGGAUCAGUCCUAAUAAAGGAAUUAUGUAUGGAGGACUAGUGUCUCAUGGUGGUAUCAGCAUACCUACUAACAGUAUCUACUUGUUUCAAUUAUCACAUUGUAAUGAUAGUAUAAUUAUAAACUGGGAGAUACUGAAGCCAGGAGCAAUACCUAUUGAUGGAGUAUGGCCUAAGGAGAGGUGUGCUCAUGCUAGUACUAUUAUCCAUGGUGUCUCUACCUCACCUACACUAGUAGUGAUUGGUGGAAUGGAUCAUAGGAAUGAACUAGUGAAGGAAUGUUUAUUACUAGACACAAACCAGUACAAUUGGAUGAAGAUUCCUCUACCUGAUUCUGUUACUGGUAGAUACUAUCACACUGUAUCAUCUUUUGUUCUUGAUCCUAAUCAUGUGUUCCUGAUAAUAGUGGGAGGUGAUGUAGAGAGUAUGGACUGGAUUAAUAGACGUGUUCCUGAUCCUCUUAUUACAAUGCUAAUAGAACUAGUUUUUAAUGAUGGUCAAUGGUCAGUGGGUCCAGUAUUAGAUUCAUUUAAUAUUCCUUUAUGGUAUGAACUAAUACUAAAAGAAAGAAGAAAGGAAUACAUGACAAAUAAAGUGAAGGAGCUUCAAGUUAUCAAUGAGUCUUUGUGUCAUGAUCUACAAGUGGCUAGAAUUAACAACCAAUCACUUCAGGAAGCACUACUAGCACUGGAAUCAGAGAAGAGUAUGCUAGAAACACAUUUACUAGAAACUAAGACUCUUCUUACUAAACGAAAGAGAGACCAAGAGGACUCACCAAACUCAGAUAAUGUUAAGAAGCUUAAAACUGAUGAAUUAGUAAAGGAGAAACAAAUAAUGACUGAUGAAGAUAAUGAGAAACUUAGAGCUACAGUUGCUUAUAAUGAAGUAUACAUAACUGAAAUAGAAGAAGAGAAGAAACAAGUAGAGGAACAAUAUCUAGAUCUUAAAAGUACAGUUGCUGAUAAUGAGAGGUAUACUGCCAAAUUAAUGAAGGAGAAGGAGCAACUACAGGAGAGAGUCACAUCCUUAGAGGAACAAUCCAUCAAAAAGACUACUAGUACCAAAGAAGUGCAAUUUGAUUACACGAUCCCUUCAAUGGAUAAUUUGGAAUGUCUGAGUGAUGUCCAGGUAGCAAUUGAAUUCUGUCUAGUGUGUGUUUGUGGUGAGUGUAAUGGAGGAGAUGAAGGAGGAGGAGGAGGAGGUACUACUGACAAUUUACCAUUUGGAUCCACCUCUUCAGCAGAUCCUAUAUCAGUCAAUUCCUCAUAUACUAGCGACGUGAAUCAGCAAUUAGGAAGCAAUUCAGCUAGUGUAUUGUCACAAUUAUCACAAUCUAUUAAAUAUGCUGGUUUGUUUUUUUAUGAGGAGAAAAGUGUAGAGGAUUUAGUGACAUUUACUGCAGCUAAGAAAUUAAAUGCACUUCUUGAGUUUAUUGAGAAAAAGCACCCACAAGCUAAACUAGAUCUCAAUGUUUACUUUGGUAUUGCAUCUUCUGAUAGUUUUGUUGAAUUAAAUUUAAAUGGUCCUCAAGAUGAGCUGUUUACUGGAUGGAGUAUUAAACCUCGCAUGACACCUUGCAGGUUGUAUCAAGAUGAUAUUAAUAAUUUUGGUGAUAAAGAUUAUCCUCUUCCUCCAUCUUGUCCAAUAUCAGUGUAUGGAUCACCUGGUGCUGUUCCUACACUAAAUUACUCCGUACCACUGGAAGGUGUGGUCCGUCCUGUUACAAUAUGCAUCCAUGCAUCACUAAAAACAACAAGUGUAACAGCAACUGUUGAUGUUGAAAGAGUUAAGAGAAUCAUUAAUGAUGUUCUUGUAUCUCGUGAUGCUGCACUCAAUUCUCUUAUAUCAUCUCUCUCAGAUCUUGCCAGUCAGUUAUUUUCAGUUGGUCUCAUUACUGAUCAAGUUAAAAGAACUUGCUCAAUGGAAACUUUUAUUACAGAGUUCAAGUCUAGUAUUAAUUUUAAAAGGAAGCUAUCUGAAGUUCAGGAGCACUGUCAAAAGUUCUUAAGCUCAUUCGUUGCUGUAAGAGGCAGUUAUGCUGAUGCAGCAAUAGCUUUAGGUGAGGACUGGAUUGAAGCUAUUAGAAAUGAACUGGGAUUUGAUUUUAAUAUUAAUAUUGAUACUUAA